GUAAUUUCUUCCGCGUUGGCCUGGACGUGGCAGCUGCAUCAUAGAGGAGAGAGGUAGAAGCGCAACACAGAUACUCCCAUUUUAGAAAAAUAAAUCGCAUAACAUUUAUUUUCUAAAUAUUUUUCACUUUUACAACGCUGAGGGAAACGCGCGAACAACAUGGGGCUCACUAUGUCAUCGUUGUUCUCCAGACUUUUUGGCAAGAAACAGAUGCGGAUACUCAUGGUCGGCUUGGAUGCUGCUGGUAAAACCACUAUCUUGUACAAACUGAAGCUGGGAGAAAUCGUUACCACCAUUCCAACUAUCGGUUUUAAUGUUGAAACAGUGGAAUACAAGAAUAUCUGUUUCACAGUAUGGGACGUUGGCGGCCAGGACAAAAUCCGUCCCCUGUGGAGGCAUUACUUCCAAAACACACAGGGCCUGAUCUUUGUAGUUGACAGCAAUGACAGAGAAAGAGUGCAAGAGUCUUCAGAAGAGUUGCAAAAGAUGUUGCAAGAGGACGAAUUGCGAGAUGCUGUACUGCUGGUAUUCUCAAACAAACAGGACUUGCCAAACGCUAUGGCAGUGAGUGAGCUUACAGACAAACUAGGACUGCAGACCCUCCGCAAUAGAACUUGGUAUGUUCAGGCAACCUGUGCCACCCAGGGUACUGGUUUGUAUGAAGGACUGGACUGGUUAUCCAGCGAACUGUCAAAGCGCUAAAUCAAAGGCAAGGAGAGCUGGAACCCAAUCAAGCAGAGAGAGAGUGCAAGAGAGAAAAUCGGAGAAUUUUACCGAGAGAAAAAGCCUAAAUUAUCAGUGUCUGUAUGGUAGAACCUGAAGUUAUGGACUUUGCAAUCCGUUCCUGAUGUAAAAUCUUUUCUUUCUUUUUUUUUUUUUUUUUUUUGGUCUUUCUUGUUGUCAGUCUCACUUAGUCUUUUCCUCUUUUUUUUGGCCCAAAGGAAUACAAUGUUUAAGUUGCAUGUUUUUAAAUAAAACAAACAAACAAA